AAUUUAAAGAGACAAAGUAGAGUCUUGAUUAAUGGUUUACUUGGGGAACAAAUAGAACCACGAAGUUGAUGAAAAGCAAUCAAAAGAACUCUUUUGAUAGUUCAGCACAAUUAUAAUGGUCUAGCUGAAAACAGGAACUAGAGGAGAGGUUUCACUCAUGGAGAAUGAACAACCUAAAUUCAGCAUUCUAAUGUUUCCAUGGUUAGCACACUCACAUGUAUUCCCCUUUCUUGGACUAGCCAAAACACUCUCUAAGAGAAGUUUCCACAUAUACUUCUGUUCUUCUGCUAUCAAUCUUGAUUCAAUCAGAAACAACAUGGCAACAUACUUACCUAUUGCUACAGCCUCAAUAGAUCUGAUCGAGCUCCGAUUACCAUCAUUGCCUGAACUUCCUUCACAGUUCCACACAACCAAGAAUUUACCACCCAAUCUUUUGCCAAUCCUUUUGCAGGCCUUCCAGAUGUCAAGUUCUAGCUUUUCUGAAGUCUUGAAUGCUUUAAGGCCUGAUCUACUGAUAUAUGAUUUCUUCCAACCAUGGGCGGCAAAGCUAGCUUUAUCUCAAGGUAUACCAUCUGUUUACUUUGCAACUACAGGAGCAGCCCCUUUUUCAUUUUUCUAUCAUUUAUACACAUAUGGGACCACCACUACUUUCCCUUAUCAAGAAAUAUAUCUUCUGGAACAUGAAAAAGUUGAUCUACGUGCUCCCGUUGAACCAAAAGUAAAAGAUGCCGAUGAAGAUUUUGCAUUUGGAAACUUCAAAUUGUCUUCUAAUAUUGUUUUAGUUAAGAGCUUAAGAGGGGUUGAAGGGAAGUAUAUUGAUUAUCUUUCUGCACUAUGCCAGAAGAAAGUAGUGCCCACAGGUCCAAUAGUUCAAGAACCUAAUGACGAAGAUGAGGGGUGUUGGGAGAUCUUGCAGUGGCUAAGUAGAAAGGAAAGAUUUUCAACUGUUUUCAUUUGCUUUGGCAGUGAGCACUUCUUGUCCAAGGAGCAGAUUCUAGAGAUAGCAAAGGGGUUGGAACUAUGUGAAAGUAACUUCAUAUGGGCCACCCGAUUUCCUGUUGAGGAAGAGACCCUGUGCAUUGAAGAUGCAUUUCCAUCAGGAUUUCUUGACAGGGUAAAAGAAAGAGGCCUUGUUUUACGAAAAUGGGCACCACAAGCUAAAAUUUUAUCAUGUCCAAGUAUUGGUGGUUUUGUGAGUCAUUGUGGGUGGAGUUCUAUCAUGGAAAGCAUGUACUUUGGCAUCCCGGUAAUUGCCAUGCCUAUCAAAUUUGAUCAACCGAUAAAUGCCAGACUUGUGGUGGAGGCUAGUGCUGGAGUGGAGGUUGGAAGGGAUGAAAAUGGACUCUUUUCUGCAAAAGCGGUAGCUGAAGCAAUAAACAAGGUCAUUAUGGAGACGAAUGAAGGUGGUCUAAGGAAUGGAGCUAGAAAGUUGAGUCAAAAAAUGAAAAAUGAAGAGGAACAAGCCGAAAAUGAAGCAGCACAAGAGUUAUUGUGGCUUUGCAAGAAGAGUAAGCAGUAAACUGCCGAUCAUUUCAACCUCAGGCAGUAAAGUUUGAGAGGUUUAUCAAGACCCUCUGAUGAUCAAGAUGUCUGUCAUCACUCGUGCAGCUCUGUAUGGCCUUUGCAGUCCAGAAGAAUGCGGGGUAAUGGAGAAGAGAAGGGACUCAAGUUACUCUCAUCAGAUAAAAUGAAAUUGAAGGUGAAAAUAGAUGUAUUUACACCUUUAAUUUUCAGUAUUUUAUUGUUGGGAAAUAAGAAUACUAUAACACUCGAGUUUUCGGAAAAUAAAAGAUGAUUGAUUUUCAUUUA